AUGUCUGAACCUGACGCCAAACGUGUAAAGACAAACGAUGACGCCCCCUAUGAGCUCAUCUACUGGCCUAAAAUUCCAGGUAGAGGCGAAUUCGUUCGCCUUCUGUUUGAAGAGGCGGGCGUGCCGUAUGUCGACUCGGCCAAAACCGGGGAAGAAGCUGUUCCAACGGUUCUCAAUCUCAUGGCCCCAGACAACAAAGGGGAUGAUAGCAAUCCUCCUUCGUUUGCGUGUCCAGCUCUGAAACACGGCGACUUGCAUCUAUCCCAGACACCGAAUAUCCUGCUUUAUCUUGGUCCCAAGCUUGGACUUGCUCCGACCGAGGGCAAUGGAAUCUACCACAUCAACCAGAUUGUGUUGACCAUCCUGGAUGGUCUGUCGAAUGAGGUGCACGAGACGCACCACCCGGUUUCUGUAUCGGAUUACUACGAAGUUCAGAAACCCGAGGCCAAGAGACGUGCUAAAUCGUUCAUUGAAGAGAGACUACCCAAGUUUCUGACGUACAUCCAACGUGUGCUCGAUGGAAAGGCCAGCGGAGACGGCCCCUGGCUGUAUGGCGGGAAACUAACAUACGCCGAUUUGGUGCUUUUCCAGGGCAUGGAUGGAACGGAAUAUGCGUUUCCCAAAACCAUGAAGAAGAUGAGGGAAUCUGGAAAGUAUGACGGCGCCUUUAAACUCUAUGACACUGUUAAAGAACGGCCAAACAUCAAGAACUAUCUUGCCAGUGAUCGUCGCUCCGACUAUUCUGAUGGUAUUUGGAGACACUAUCCGGAAUUGGAGGAAGAGUGA